CUGUAUUGCCAUGGUUUCACCAUAACAGCAGCUGUAAGAAGCAUUGAAUUUCCCGUUGAGAUUUCAAAUUCCCCAUGCAAAAUUAUUGUUUGGCUGCUAAGAAAAUAAUAGAAAAUCUUUAUAAAAGUAAAAGUAAAAGCAAAAGCAAAAUCAAAUCAAGUGUAGAGAAUAGAAAAGAAGAGAAGAAGAUUCUCUAGCUUUUAGAACUGUCCACCUCUUGGAGAAAAUUCCCGUGCUUACUUUUCUUUUCUGUGAAUUUUCGGUCUCAUCCCUGGUUUUCUUUUUCACCAAACAGAAUAUUUAAAGAACGAAAGCUCGGUGAUUGAAAAUCGGAUGAUAUUUAGCGUUUUAAUCAAUUGAUAAUCAGUCGAAUAGUUUCUCAAUGGGGCAUGAGCUUAAAUCUUUGAGUCAAUUGGAUACCAGAAAAUUGAUUUGGCUUAUAGGAAUAACGUUUGCCGUGAUUGUAACAUUCCAGUAUAUUGAACUUCCAUACGGCAACGUUUUGUGGUCAUUAUUUCCUUCCGGUAAGGUUUCGGUUGAUGAAAAAAGUAGCUUCUUAGCUAGUGGUCCGUCGUCUGCUGAGUCUGGUUUCUACUUUAAUGGUACAAAUGCCGGUAAUGAGACGGUUCACGAUGAUGAGAUCUUCGAAGGGAAAGACAUAGAUACUGAUGUUAUAACAGAAGCAGAUGUGGGGUUGAAUAAAUCUUCUACAUUCGGUGAAGGUACCAAAGCUUGGAAGGAGUCUUCGACUGCUGAACCGGUAGAGUUAAAUAAGAAUUCAACAGCGGACAAAGCCGGUAAUGAGACAGCUCAUGAUGAUGAGAUCUUUGAAGGGAGAGACUUAGAUGCUGAUGUUAUAACAGAAGCAGAUGUGGGCUUGAAUAAAUCUUCUACAUUCGAUGAAGGUACUAAAGCUUGGAAGGAGUCUUCAACUGCUGAACCGGUAGAGUUAAAUAAGAAUUCAACAGUGGACAACGCCGGUAAUGAGACAGCUCAUGAUGAUGAGAUCUUUGAAGGGAGAGACAUAGAUACUGAUAUUAUAACAGAAGCAGAUGUGGGCUUGAAUAAAUCUUCUACAUUCAAUGAAGGUACCAAAGCUCCGAAGGAGUCUUCAACUGCUGAACUGGUACUAGAGUUAAAUAAGAAUUCGACAGUGAAUAAUGCUGAAAGUUCAAAAUCGGAAGAGUUUGAGAAGGACAGUAACAUCACAAGUUUAAAUAAUCUGAACCAAACUGGUGCUGUUAAUGAAACAGCUAAAGCAGAUGAUUUCACACCAGAAGUAGGCUUGAAUAGGUCUUCCAUAUUAGAUAAGGAACUCGAUGAACGAAGCAACAUUACCAUGUUGAACAUUGCGGAAAGUUCCAAUAAUAAGAGUGUUGCAGAGAAUGUUGGCACAAGCGAGGAAAGUUUUGCUUCAAAGAAUGAUACUGUUGAUAUUAACACUUCAAACAACAAUGCCCCAGAUACAGGUCUUGGUACAACUAAUAGUACCUCGGAGAAAGGUGUUAAGACAAAUAUCAGUGCUCCUGUUGUGUCUUUCAAUUCCAGUAUAUCUUCAGUGGAGCAACAUGUGACACCAAGUUUCGACAAGAACGAAAAACCGAAACCGAAACCGAUUCAGAAUGAUUUCACCAAACCAAGUGAUAAUUCUUCUCCCCGUAAAGCUCCUAAGUUGAAGAAAAAGCCUGAGAUGCUACCACCUGCAGUAACUACAAUAGCUGAUAUGAACAAUUUGUUAUAUCAGAGUCGUGUUUCAUAUGAAUCUCCGACACCAAAAUGGUCUUCAAGAGCAGACAAAGUUCUACUAGAAGCAAGAUUGCAGAUCGAGAAUGCACCCAUUAUAAAGAAUGAUCCACAACUUUAUGCACCUCUUUUUCGGAACCUUUCUAUGUUCAAAAGGAGCUAUGAAUUGAUGGAGAACACACUCAAAGUAUAUGUCUACAAGGAAGGAAAAAGACCCAUAGUACAUACACCAGUUCUCAGGGGUAUUUAUGCCUCUGAAGGAUGGUUCAUGAAGCAACUAGAAUCUAAUAAAAAAUUUGUCACUAAAAACCCAAGAGAUGCCCAUCUGUUUUACUUACCUUUCAGUUCAAGAAUGUUAGAGGAAACUUUAUAUGUGCCUGAUUCUCAUAGUCAUAAGAACCUUAUAGAGUAUUUGAAGAACUACGUUGACACGAUUGCGGCAAAAUAUCCUUUCUGGAACAGAACUGAAGGAGCUGAUCAUUUUCUGGUUGCUUGCCAUGACUGGGCACCAUCUGAAACAAGAAAUCACAUGGCCAAUUGCAUAAGAGCCCUAUGCAAUUCAGAUGUUAGAGAAGGUUAUGUUUUUGGCAAGGACGUGUCUCUUCCCGAGACUUAUGUCCGGAACCCGCAGAAACCUCUUAGAGAUCUCGGAGGCAACCCUCCAUCUAAGAGACCGAUCUUGGCUUUCUUUGCAGGAAGCAUGCAUGGUUAUUUAAGGCCAAUCCUGUUAGAGCAGUGGGGAAAUAAAGACCCUGACAUGAAAAUCUUUGGCAAAAUGCCUAAUGUUAAGGGGAAAAUGAACUAUAUUCGGCACAUGAAGAGUAGCAAGUACUGCCUUUGUCCGAGAGGGUACGAAGUUAAUAGUCCAAGAGUGGUAGAGGCCAUCUUCUAUGAAUGUGUCCCAGUGAUCAUAUCCGACAAUUUCGUGCCUCCAUUUUUCGAAGUUUUGAACUGGGAAUCAUUUUCUGUAUUCAUUUUAGAAAAGGAUAUUCCAAACUUGAAGAAGAUCCUCUUAUCGAUCCCCAUCAAGCGGUACCGGCAGAUGCAGCUGAGAGUCAAAAAGAUACAGCAACAUUUUCUUUGGCAUCCAAAGCCUGAGAAGUAUGAUAUAUUUCAUAUGAUUCUUCACUCAGUUUGGUACAAUAGAGUUUUCCAAAUGAAACCAAGGUAACUGAGCUUUUAAUUUGUGUAAAUAGACGACGAGAUUUUAAUUUUCUGUAUAGAAUAUGUUGAAUUAUUUUGCUAGUGAAUUUGUUUUUCACAUCUUUUAAUAAUUAAAUAAAACAUCAAUAAUAUUAUGAAA